AUUAGACUGUGACAAGUGCUGUAGGAUAUCCAAAGCUGAUUGCAAAGCAGAUUCAUUACGUCAGCGUCCGAAUCGUGACGAGGACGUUUACGAGUUCGUGGUGAGCAGGGCACGUUGAAGUGAAGAGGGUUGUUCCAAGCAGAAAAAGAUCCUCCUGUUCCUGUUCGCAGAGUUCGAGGAUGCGUUGUGUUUAUGGGCCACUAUCGCCGUAGUCAGUGGUGCUGACCUCAUCACGGAAUCAGCUACGGGUUGCGGCAGCCUCGGAUGCCGCCGGUGGCUUGAUGACAAUUUCACUGCUAGAAGUUCAUUCCGCAUUUCGCGCUGUAGCACACACUCGCCCUCUUCAUCUCCACUGCCUCAGUUCAUCAUGACGAUCGCCGAAAUUGACCACUCCAACCCCAUCACUCUCAACCGAUUCAUUCUUGACGAGAAGGAGAUCCAAGGCAAUGCCGAUCUGAGCGUGCUGUUCUCGUCGAUCGAGCUGGCAUGCAAGGUCAUCGCUAGUUCGGUGCGCCGCGCCGGUCUGACGGGGCUGUACGGUCUGGAUGGCUCCGAGAACGCCACGGGCGAUCAAGUGAAGAAGCUGGAUGUCCUCGCCAAUAAGGUCUUCAUUAACUCAUUGAAGUUCUCGACCAAGAUCGAAGUCAUGGUAUCUGAAGAGGAAGUCGAGCCUGUUUGUGUGGAGAAUGACUCCAGUGGGACCAAGUACUGCAUCGCCUUCGAUCCUCUUGAUGGCUCCUCCAACAUCGACUGCAACGUCUCGACAGGCACAAUCUUCGGCAUUUACCACCGCGAGGCAACACUACAUGGCGGUUUCAAGGAUAUCCUCCAGCCUGGAAACCAGCUUGUUGCGGCGGGCUACUGCAUGUACGGAAGCUCCACUCAGCUGGUACUGACGUGGGGCAAGGGCGUUCACUGCUUCACGCUUGACCCGACGAUCGGAGCAUUCAUUUUGUCACACAAGGACAUGCGGAUCCCCGAAAACCCAAAAACGAUUUACUCGUGCAACGAAGGCAACUACGCCCACUGGGACCGGCCCAGCAAGGCCUUCGUGGAUGAAUGCAAGAACAAGCCCACCCCGUACAACGCUCGCUAUGUCGGCAGCAUGGUGUCUGACAUCCACCGUACCAUCCUGUACGGCGGUAUCUACAUGUACCCUGGCAGCGAUAAGAGCAAGGAUGGCAAGCUGCGUCUACUGUACGAGGGCAAUCCAAUGUCCUUUAUCAUGGAGCAGGCUGGCGGCGCGUCCACGACCGGAACAGAGCGCGUGCUCGACUUGUGCCCCACUCACAUCCACCAGCGCUCGCCGAUCUUCCUGGGCUGCAAGCGCGACGUGCAGCGCGUUAUCGAGCUGUACAAGCAGUACGGCGAGAAGUAAGCAAGCAAAGUAGUGACUCGAACGUAGUGUCACGAAGCGUAAGAUCUCAAUUGACAACUGGUCAGCCACGUACUUGGUCGUUAAAAAAAGGACACAAUCCUGAUCUCACGCUUCAAUUCGGCAUAUUCUCCUAUUUUCAGCUUAAUCCAGGCAUAUCCUAGUAACUUCAUGACAAGGCCGACGUCGACAGUCUCACUUCAUUCGCCACCUGCUUCAACUGCGGCCG